CCCGGCACACACCGAGCGCUGGAGGCUCCGCCGCGCCGCCUGCCAACCCGGGAUCUACCUCCGGGAUUUUCUAGCCCCGGCUUUAUUUUUUGGUUUUUUUUUUUUUUUUUUUUUUUUCUUCCCCAUCACCCGUUUUCCUCAAUCUUGGAUAAUUCUUGGGGUGCUGGGUAUUUUGGGAUUUUUUUUCUAAGAGGGGGGUGUCUGGGCAUCUCCCCCCCGCGCCCGCUGCCUUGCUCCACCUGCCCUUGCGCCUUUUUUUUCUUUCCCCCUGUCUCUCCACCAAACCCGGGCUGAUGUGCUGUGCGAGAGGCUGGAAAUGGAAGUGUUGAUGCUCUGGCUUUUCCCCUGGAUAUUUCAGUGCGUUUUGGUACGGGCGGACUCCAUCAUCCACAUUGGUGCCAUUUUCGAAGGCAAUGCUGCCAAGGACGACGAGGUGUUCAAGCAGGCGGUGUCGGAUCUGAACCUCAAUGACGACAUCCUCCAGAGCGAGAAAAUCACUUACUCCAUCAAGCUCAUAGAGGCCAACAACCCCUUCCAUGCGGUGCAGGAAGCCUGCGACCUGAUGACCCUGGGGAUCCUGGCGCUGGUGACAUCGACGGGCUGCGCGUCGGCCAGCGCGCUGCAGUCGCUGACGGAUGCCAUGCACAUCCCGCACCUGUUCGUGCAGCGCAGCACGGGCGGCUCCCCGCGCACGGCCUGCCAGCUCAACCCCAGCCCCGAGGACGAGGAGUACACGCUGGCCGCGCGCCCGCCCGUGCGCCUCAACGAUGUCAUGCUCAAGCUGGUCACCGAGCUGCGCUGGCAGAAGUUCAUCGUCUUCUACGACAGCGACUACGAUAUACGUGGACUGCAGGGAUUUCUCGAUCAGGCCUCCAGGCUGGGACUUGAUGUGUCAUUACAAAAAGUGGACAGGAACAUCAGCAGAGUAUUUUCCAACCUUUUUACCACCAUGAAAACAGAAGAGCUGAACCGCUACCGGGACACGCUGCGAAGGGCCAUCCUGCUCCUGAGCCCACGGGGAGCUCAGACUUUCAUUAAUGAGGCUGUGGAAACCAACCUUGCAUCAAAGGAUAGUCACUGGGUCUAUGUAAAUGAGGAAAUCACUGAUAAUGAAAUACUAGAGUUGGUGCAUAGUGCUCUGGGGAGGAUGACAGUUAUCCGGCAGAUUUUCCCUCUGGCAAGGGACAACAACCAGAGGUGCAUGAGAAACAACCACCGAAUAUCAUCCCUGCUGUGUGAUCCACAGGAAGGCUAUCUUCAGAUGCUGCAGGUUUCCAACCUGUACCUGUAUGACAGUGUGCUCAUGCUGGCCAAUGCUUUCCACAGAAAACUGGAGGACAGAAAAUGGCACAGCAUGGCAAGUCUGAACUGCAUGAGGAAAUCCACCAAACCUUGGAAUGGAGGAAGAUCCAUGCUAGAGACUAUUAAGAAGGGCCAUAUAACUGGGCUAACUGGUGUUAUGGAGUUCAGAGAAGAUGGAGCCAACCCCUAUGUCCAAUUUGAAAUACUGGGCACCAGCUACAGCGAAACAUUCGGCAAAGACGUGCGGCGGUUGGCGACGUGGGACUCUGAGAAAGGACUGAACGGCAGCCUCCAAGAGCGGCGUCUGGGCAACGACUUACAGGGAGUGACGCUCAAAGUGGUGACUGUCUUGGAAGAGCCUUUUGUGAUGGUGGCAGAGAACAUCCUUGGGCAGCCAAAACGAUAUAAAGGAUUUUCCAUUGAUGUCCUGGAUGCACUGGCCAAGAACCUAGGUUUCAAGUAUGAGAUAUAUCAAGCUCCUGAUGGCAAGUAUGGACACCAGCUCCAAAACAGCUCCUGGAAUGGCAUGAUUGGGGAACUCAUUAACAAGAGAGCAGACCUGGCCAUCUCAGCCAUCACCAUAACACCCGAGCGGGAGAGCGUGGUGGACUUCAGCAAGCGCUACAUGGACUAUUCCGUGGGGAUCUUAAUCAAAAAGCCCGAGGAGAAGAUCAACAUCUUCUCUCUCUUCGCUCCUUUCGACUUCGCGGUGUGGGCCUGCAUUGCCGCGGCCAUCCCGAUCGUGGGGGUGCUGAUCUUCGUGCUGAGCCGCAUCCAGGCGGUGCGGGCACAGGGCGCGGCGCAGCCGGGCCCCUCGGUGUCCUCCACCCUGCACAGUGCCAUCUGGGUCGUGUACGGAGCCUUCGUGCAGCAAGGGGGUGAAUCCACUGUCAAUUCUGUGGCCAUGCGCAUUGUAAUGGGAAGCUGGUGGCUCUUCACCCUCAUUGUGUGUUCUUCCUACACAGCGAAUUUAGCAGCAUUUCUCACAGUAUCAAGGAUGGAUAAUCCCAUAAGAACAUUUCAGGAUCUGUCCAAACAAAUGGAUAUAUCUUAUGGUACAGUCAGGGACUCGGCAGUGUAUGAAUACUUUAAAGCAAAAGGGACCAACCCUUUGGAGCAGGAUAACACAUUUGCUGAACUGUGGAGGACUAUCAGUAAGAAUAAUGGGGCAGAUAAUUGCGUAUCAAACCCUUCUGAAGGCAUCAGGAAGGCAAAGAAAGGAAAUUAUGCUUUCCUGUGGGAUGUGACAGUAGUGGAAUAUGCUGCACUGACAGAUGAUGAAUGCUCUGUGACAGUCAUUGGAAACAGCAUCAGCAGCAAAGGAUAUGGGAUAGCACUCCAGCAUGGAAGUCCCUACAGAGAUCUUUUCUCCCAGAGGAUCCUAGAGUUGCAAGAAAGUGGAGAUUUGGAUGUUCUUAAACAGAAGUGGUGGCCACGGAUGGGACGUUGUGACCUGAAUAGCCACACCAAUGCACAGACAGAUGGGAAGGCACUCAAGCUGCACAGUUUUGCAGGAGUUUUCUGCAUUUUAGCAAUAGGCCUUCUUCUUGCUUGCUUGGUGGCAGCAUUGGAGUUGUGGUGGAACAGCAACCGUUGUCAUCAAGAAACACCGAAAGAGGACAAAGAAGUGAAUCUGGAGCAGGUCCACAGACGCAUGAACAGUUUAAUUGAUGAAGACAUAGCCCACAAGCAGAUCUCUCCAGCGUCCAUCGAGAUCUCGGCGCUGGAGAUCGGCGGCAUGCAGCCCGCUCAGACCCUGGAGCCGGUGCGCGAGUACCAGAACACGCAACUUUCUGUCAGCACCUUUUUACCAGAACAGACAGCUCAUGGUGCCAGCAGGACACUGACAGCUGCCUCGGGCAGCAACCUGCCGCUGCCCCUGAGCAGCUCAGCCACCAUGCCCUCCAUACAGUGCAAACACAGGUCACCCAACGGAGGACUAUUCCGGCAGAGCCCCGUCAAAACCCCGAUCCCAAUGUCAUUCCAGUCCGUGCCGGGGGGAGUCAUUCCAGAAGCAAUGGAGCCCUCACAUGGAACAUCCAUAUGACGAGAACAAACAGUAAAAACAACCAGCAGAGAUUUUUAAUACAAAAUUUAAAA